AUGGCGUUUCCUGUAGACUACAUGCCCAAGGUACCGCGCUACUACGCCACCGCCCUAUCGAAGGAGGACAAGCAUAUCCUCAUUCACGGCGAAGAGAACCACAAUCUCAAGCAAUGGACAGGCUGGGAUCUAGUCCGACAUCACGAAUCUCGCAGAAGCCUCAAUCCCCAAGUAAUGCCCAAAGUCGAAAAGAUGAAUGCACUUGCCGAUAUCGAGCACGGCAAGCAAUACAGCCAGCGUGCGAUACCGAAAGCGAAAGUGAAAGACAAGGUGCUAGACAAGGUGCGUGGCCUAUUCCGCGUACCGCGUAUCAAAAUUACAACUGACAAAGGCAAGGAAUACCAAGAGUCAACCUGCACACAGUCGACUCACGGCCAGCGUUCCACUAGCUCAUCGCCCUCAAGGAGUCUAUCAACCUCAUCCCUCGCACUCGAUAAUAACGCAACAGAGCACUCCUCACCACGACACCCCCGCCCAAGCAGCAGCAGCGACUACUUCUCGCACCGUCCCGCGCAUCGAACUUCCUCAAGCAGCUACCAUCGUCGCAUAUCCCCCCUCGCACUCUCCCCGGGCCAUCCCUCCGACUCCUCGCGCGUGCGCAGCCCACUAUCCCACCAAGUCUCGUUCCAGCCAAACCCAGACAUAACGUUUGAUACCUUCCUUGCACCGCACAAGUCUGGUAAGGGCGAGGUGCUGCAUGAAGUGGCGGAUGCGAAGAAGAGUGGAGCAGCGAAAAAGCUGAGCAAAAUGCCGUCUAUGCCGCUGUUGAGGAAGCGGGAUGGAGAUUGA